GACAGUCCUGUCGAUUUUGAUCCAGGCUGCUGCGAAGGGCUGUUGCAAAGGUACUUCCCGUUCCUUCUCUCUGUAGGAAUUCGCGAAUCCGCGUCUGCGUGCGUAUCCCGAGGUCGAACGCGUCCUAGUUGAGCGGUGCUUCCCGCCUCGAGUAGUGACACAGGCCGUUGCCUCAGAACUUGUUUUUUCGUCUGUGCGCCGAGCAUCGACGACGGUUACGGAGGCCGUGUUCGAUGCGCAGUUGGGGGCUCCAACAUUCUUCACAGGAUUCUGCGGUGCCUUCAACCCAGAAGCUGUUUCACGCUAGGGUUGUUUGUUUCCUCUCGUGUCCACAUGGAGAAGUACUUGUCCGCGUCUGCUCGAAGGAGCAAGCUGGACAAAAGGAAAGAGGGUCAGCCCGGAGGUUUAGGAACGCCAGGCAUGACGCGUUGUUGCUCCGUCAGAAGUGAUACAUCCCCCAGAUCCACGAAAAAGCCUGGGGCGUGUGUCGAGCCCGAGCCGCCUUGCGAGAAGACAAGCCUUGCUAGCAGUGUGAGGCGACGCAUCAGGCUUGUCACUGCCUUCUACCUGCACUGCCACGAGUACAAAUGGGGGCGGCGGCGGUCGCGCACGAUCGGACUGUCUUCGGCGUUUUACAUGUUGCCUGCCCUGGCGUUGUUCCCCGUCUGCAGGUGGGAAGCUUGUCUGUGGGCAGUGACCGCUGUCUUUUCGUUCAGUGCAGAUUACAUCUUUGCAGGCAUGCGCGAUAACGCGUGGAUCUGUGGCGUCCACAUGGCAGACCGAUAUGUCGCGACUGCGAUGCUGGGCGUGCAGUGCUUGUACAACCUCCCACUAUGGUUUACUAAGGACAUCCACCUCGGCGCACUGGGGCUGUCCCUGAUCGUCGUCAGCUGCGCGUUCAAGGUCCUAGGAUCGCGCACAAAAGUCUAUCGCCGGCAUGCCGUGUACCACUCGCUCUGGCAUGUGUUCGGCAGCGUGGGACGUGUCCUCGUUGCCGUGCUGGAGUAUCCGGAACUGUCAGCCAUGUGGUAAUAUAGAUGUUUGUUUUGCCGCUCCUGUUGUGGAUGUCAGAUUUCGCUUCACAGGAAACGCGGUAUUGUUUUGUCAGUUGCGUCUCUAGUUCUGCCGCAAGCAUCGCCAUUUGCUUGAUGUAAGUGAUUUGGACUGCGGGGAUGAACCCGCAUUUCCAUGCAGAGCGGCACCCUCAAGACCCCUGGGAUGUCAGGAACAUGCUGUUUCCAGAACGACUGUGGAACGUUCAAAACUACUUUGAGAGUAGCGAACGCACGAAAAAGAAA